AUGAAUCAGGAUAUUGAGGGGCUUCAAGCAGAACUCAAGCUCUUAAAAGAGGAGAAGCGGACAGCACUUUCCCAAAUAGAGCACUCCACAGCAGAGCUAAGCCGAAAACACAAGCUUCUUAACAGACUUCACAUGGCAAUAAUGGGAAUGUCUCAGCGGGUCGAGGGAAAUGCUGCCAUAAAGCGGCGGCUAAAUGAUCUUCUUGGGAUAGUAGAAUCCCAUAAAUUACCGCCGUCUGUUAGCAAGACGGAGAUGAAGGAGCUAUUAACAGAACUCGGACUUCUAAGAGAGCGCCUCAUUCAGGAAGCGGCGCGGCGCAUUGUGCUUACCAACACCUUCGAUGGCUUAAUUGGGCCAGCAAAGCUUAAUGUUGUCGUCUCAGUGGAGCAAUACGCACAGCUUAAGACCCCGAAUGGGUUGCCCGUCAAAAUAGAGAAUUCAAGCGUUACCGUCACUCUACCAUCUUCAAAGGCUCCGUUCAAAGGGCUCUUUUCCAGCAAUACAAUGAGUUUCGACAUCACGGAUGUUUAUACAAUUGAUAGAAUCCACGAUUCAUUGGCCAAUUUUCCUCUUCGGUCUCAUAUCUACUCCGGCACCAAUGUUCUAUUUCUGGGCUUGGGCACCGUCUUGGGGUCCCAGGCACUUUUUGGUACUGCAGACAACACACAGGGAUCCGUACUGGACCUACUAUUGAGUCAAAUUUAUUACAGAAGCAUUGACACAGAAGACUACUACCUAAAGUUUAUUAGUGACAACCAGAAACGUAAUGUGCAGCUGAUAAGUAUAGAGGCUGAGCUUCGAGCCCGUGGGGUGGACCAAACAGGCGGGACGACGACUUCUAGAUUAGCAGCUAAGCUAGCUGCGGUAUCUUUUCAGGGGAAUGGUAUCAUUGAUCUCCUCGAUUCUGCAAAUGAUUCUGUAUCUGUUAUUUCUGUCCAAAAUUUGGAGUCUUUCCACCUGGUUGACAGAUCCUCAUCUGCUCAGCCUUCGUCUCCACAGCCCGCCUUAGCUGCUGGUGGGGUUGGAAUACCCUUGCUUGUCGGAGCCACAAAGCUAAUUUUUUCUGGAGACACUCAUGCACGGAGUUUGAUCUCAUCGAUUUUAGCAGAUGUAUGUCUUGAACUGGACACCUUAAUGCUUGUCUUCGAGAUCUACUCUGGACCAACUUGUGUUUCAACAGUAGGAUUGUGUCAGACUUAUAGUCCUGAGGCAGUAAAAGCAUAUACUUCUCCAGAAUCAGUGGAUGAUCCCCUCUACGCAGCUUUUGGCGAUACUCUCCGAGGCCUCUUUGGCCCCUCUUCGUCUGCCAAUCUGCUAGUUUUUGCCGGCGUUGACUUAGAAAAUCCGCUUACUGCAGCAUCUACCCUCGAACCCAUCAGCGGAAUUCAGAAGUCACGCACAGUGGCUGUCAGAGACUUCAUGUAA